CCUGUCUGGAACACCUGGCUCUGGGAGACCAGGAGGCACUUGCAGAACCAAGGGCUACUGAACAAAGUGAGAAGAUACAAAGCAAGAAUUUUUUCAGCAUUAUCUAAGAAUCAAAGACCAAUUUUGGCUGCUGCUUUCUUAUUCCUUCUGCCACGAUUCUAAGGUGCUUGAUCUACUGCGAACAAGGAUGAUGAAUGGCUUGGAAGGGAGAAUUGAACUGAAACAGCCAAAGGUUGUAGGGAAUUUCAGAGGUCAUGCUCUCCCUGGAACCUUCUUUAUUAUUUUGAGCCUUUGGUGGAGCACACAGAGUAUUCUGAAAUAUGUCUGUAAAAAGCAAAAGCAGACCUUCUACCUUGGUUCCAAAGCAGUAUUCCAUCUAGCAGAAAUUUUGGAAGGAACUGCAUUAAUUGGCAUGGCUUUAACCGGCAUGGCUGCGGAGCAGUUUAUUCCUGGAGGGCCCCACCUGAUCUUAUUUAAAGAGGGCCAGUGGAACCACCUCCUUAACUGGCAUCAUUUCACUAUGUAUUUCUUCUUUGGGCUGGUGGGUGUGGCAGACAUCCUAUGUGUCACCAUCCGUUCACUUCCCUCCUCCUUACCCAAGUUAAUGUUGUCAAAUGCCUUAUUUGUGGAGGCUUUUAUCUUCCACAACCACACUCAUGGCCGGGAAUUGCUGGAAAUCUUUGUGCACCAGCUGCUGGUUUUGGUCAUCUUUUUGACAGGCCUGGUCACCUUUAUGGAGUUCCUCCUGCAGAACAAUGUACUUCUGGAACUUCUGCGUUCAAGCCUUAUCAUGCUUCAGGGGAGCUGGUUCUUUCAGAUUGGUUUUGUCCUGUUUCCCCCCAGUGGGGCUCCUGCAUGGAAUCUGAUGGAUCAUGACAACAUUAUGUUUCUCACCAUAUGCUUUUGCUGGCAUUAUGCAGUAAGCUUUAUCAUCAUUGGAGUGAAUUACGCUUUUGUCACCUGGUUGGUUAAAUCUAAACUUAAGACACUCUGCCCCUCAGAAGUUAGACUCCUAAAAAAUGUUGAACGAGAACAAGAAUCAGAAGAAGAGAUGUGAUUUGGAUGGACAUCCAGUCUUCCUAGAUAAACCUUUGUUUUUUGUAUUGUUCAUGGUUUUGUUUCUUCAUCUUUUGUUUGGAGAACUGGCUAAGGAUGACCCUCAGUGAAGUGUUUGUAUUUCCAAUUUUAUUGAAUUAUUUGAAUUUAAAUGUUUCAUAUUUGGCUCUGAAAAUAUGUUGGGUGAUAAGUUUAUUUUGCACAUGUGCACAUCAUAGUAUUCAGGGGUUAUAGAGACUUUCCCCAGGUCAUCUACAGUUUAAUUUCCACACUAUAAAAAGUAUUUGUUUUAUUUCACUUAUAGAUACGCUCAAGGUUCCUGGGCUUGCUACCAUCUGUAACUUAUUGAACAUGUAGUUACGCUUGUUUGUCUUGUUGCUAGAAUGAGAAAUAAAUGAAUACAUGCACCUUGGUGCAGAUGCCUCUAGUUUUUGUUUUUGUUAUUUAACUAUACCCCACCCUUACAUCAUACAGAAGUGCUAGAGGACACAGAAAAUCCUUUUUGUGGGAGUGUUCUCUCUGUUGUACCUGAGUUCUCCCUGGGAAAGGUAGGCCAGGAGAGUCCUCCUAAAGUGUGUGAUUUUUCAGAGAAGAUGAAAGGAUGAUACCCAGGACAUGUGGUUGCAAAGCCAUUUGAGACCUGGAAAGGAGAGUUGUAGUGUUACCUGUAAGAGUAAAAAGUCACCACACACCAUAACAUGGCCACCAUGCCACCCACUCUGUUAAAAUGAGGAAAAGCCUUUUAUGGAAUACCUGGGUAAGAAAUCAGGACCCUUAUUAAGUCUGUGGGCUAAGCAGCCCCAAGUCAAUGAUGAGUUAGGAAGUUUUGUUUGCAAUUCUGGGUCUACCAUUAACCAGCCUCUAGGUCUCUAGUAAUCACCAUGUCUUUCUCUGUAAAGCAAAGGAAUUGAGAAGAAUGAAUCAUGGAUCCCUUUUGGCUAUCACAUUUUAUGAAUCUAGAAAUGGAAGCAUGUGGACAGCUAAUGUAGAACAAUGCUAGUCAGCAAGGCCAGUCUCUGCUGUGACAGAAAAGGAAGGUGGACUGCAGGAAUCCUUGAAAGAUGACCCAGGUAUGGAGAAAAGGAGGCGGCCUCAUGGGCAGCUGGAGUUGAGACAUGGACAACCAAAUCCUGGAGGUUCCCUGGUAUUCCAGAAGCACUGACAAGUCCAGAAGACUGCGCAGUCUGAUGCAUGUCACAGUGACACUGAAGAGUCAGUUGUGUUGUUGGAUUUAUGUUUGAUGACUACCAUUUUUAUGGAAGGAUAUGAACAUUAACAAAUUGUGAGCUUGAGCCAAAAUGGAAAAGUCUUUUCUCUACAUUGUGCUGGGAAGUCUUAAGGCAUAAAGUUGAAUGUGUCGUAGGGAAUUUCAGAGGUCAUGCUCUCCCUGGAAUCUUCUUUUUUGUUAUGGGUCUUUGGUGCAGUACAAGGAGUAUUCUGAAAUAUGUCUGUAAAAAGCAAAAACAGACUUUGUACCUUGGUUCCAAAGCAGUAUUCCAUCUAGUAGAAAUUUUGGAAGGAACUGCAUUAGUUGGCAUGGCUUUGACCGGCAUGGCUGCGGAGCAGUUUAUUCCUGGAGGGCCCCACCUGAUCUUAUUUAAAGAGGGCCAGUGGAACCACCUCCUUAACUGGCAUCAUUUCACUAUGUAUUUCUUCUUUGGGCUGGUGGGUGUGGCAGACAUCCUAUGUGUCACCAUCCGUUCACUUCCCUCCUCCUUACCCAAGUUAAUGUUGUCAAAUGCCUUAUUUGUGGAGGAUUGGUUUUGUCCUGUUUCCCCCCAGUGGGGCUCCUGCAUGGAAUCUGAUGGAUCAUGAGAACAUUAUGUUUCUCACCAUAUGCUUUUGGUGGCAUUAUGCAGUAAACUUUGUUAUCAUUGGAGCGAAUUACGCUUUUGUCACCUGGUUGGUUAAGUCUAAACUUAAGAGUUUCUGCCCCUCCGAAGUGGGACUCCUAAAAAGUGUUGCAGAAGAAUCAGAAGAAGAGAUGUGAUUUGAAUGGUCAUCCAGUUUUCCUAGAUAAACCUUUUCUUUUUUGUACUGUU